UUAAGCCACAGUUAUUUACAACGCAAAUCGCAAUCAAGAUGUCGGCAUACUCGUCAGCUGGUGGGGCUCUAAAAUUAAAGGGAAUUGGAGAUUUAGGAUCGAAGAAGAAGAAGAAAAAGAAGAAGGAAAGUAAGAAACUAGAGCAGAUUAUGACAUUGAGAGAGGAGGAAGAGAAAGAAGAAAGAAAGGCAAAGAGGGAUAAGCGAACCAAAGCCCAGAAAGCCUUUGACAAGGUCCAAGAACAGAGGCAACUGGUGAGGAUCCUUGACAAAGCUUCCAAGAAACAUAAAGAGAGAGUUAAUGAGUUCAAUUCGAAGCUGGACACCCUGACAGAACACUUUGACAUUCCCAAAGUCAGUUGGACAAAAUAAAAGGAUCUCUGCAAAGGCUCUCUUCAUUUGUUUACACAUGAUUGGAUAUCUAGGUGGAAGAACUAUUCUUAACUUCAAGAGAACUCAAUUAGCUCCUUCAUGACGGCAUGUACAAGAUGUACUCGAAAGAGAUUCCAUGGCACUGUGAGCACUUAGGAACUGAUACUGUGAAAGGUCCCAAAUUCGGCAUGUUUUCUUCAGACAGUCUGUUCAGCUAUUGCAUUUUCCGAUGAUCCCUUGCUCUGAGGUGGAGUCAAGCCUGGAGGUUACGAGUAAUAAGGCCAGGCCACUACUUCUCCCAUGUGUGACUCACCCAGAGGUAAAAGUUGGCCAAAUCUGGCCUCCAGACCAGCAGGGACACCAUCCCUGGUUCUGAAAACAUUUUUGAAUGUAUGGAUGACAAACCACAUCUAUUAAUUAACUG